AUGCUAACGACUUCGAACGAAGAAGGAGAAGAAGAUGAGGAAGCAGUGGCAGCACCUGUUCAAGCACCUGACGAGGAUCUCAUAGAAGCACGCGCGCGCUACAUGCGCACCUCUGGAUUCCGCGCCGACGAUGCGCUCUGGCAUCAGCGCCUUGGUCACCCCUCGCGCGUCACACUUGAGAACUGCAUCAAGGCUGGCGUAUUCGCACCAGGCACACUCCCGCACCCUGACGGCUCCGAAGAACCAACCGCUACGCUAAGCUACAGUGACUUCCUCAACGUGGGACAUUGCGGCAUCGACGAUGAGUUGUACACGCUCACCUUCAUCGAUGCCGGAACGCGCUACGUAUGGGUCGUGAACGUAGAAGCACGCAGCAGAGCGUACGAAGCAUUCCGCCUGUGGCUGGCGCACGCACAGCGGCAAUCCGGGGAGAAGCUGAAGGUCUGGCAGUCUGAUGGAGCAGCGGAGUUCAGGAGCAAGGAGCCGCAGGAUUACCUUGCGCAAAAGGGGAUUGAGCAUCACAUUUCUCUCCCCUAUGCGCAUCAGCAGCAGGGCGUAGCCGAGCGCACCAAUCGCACGCUCAUGACGAAGGUGCGCGCGCUGAUGAAGCAGUCGAAGCUUCCUCCAAUCUACUGGACGUACGCGAUGCACCACGCCGUGCGGGUGCACAACCUGCUCUCAACCACCGCAAUCACCGGCAACCUAUCCCCUCACGUGAAGUGGACGGGCACUAAGGGUGAUACCUCCAUGCUCCGUGUCCAGAAAAUCAAGCAUGCGCGCGACGUCAUCUUCUACGAGCACCUCUUCCUCCAGCAAUUUCGCGAAGACGAGCAGACGAACGCGAAACGCGUCUACGCCAACGACGGUCACAGCUACGCCACGCCAGAAGACGAAGCUGCCGCGGCCAUUCUGGAGCAAGACCCCAGAGGCGAGUUCACGAGAGGCGAUUGUCACGACGCCGACGACGACGAUAAUUCAGGAGAAGGAGGAGCGGGCACAGCAGGAGGCGCAACCGGAGGAAGCGAAAGCGGCGGAAGCACAGCACCACCAGCCCCACCAGAGCCAGAAAGCGACGACGACGAUGUGCAGGAGGUCGUCCCGCAGCAUCGCCACGACAGCACCGUCACCGGAAUGCAACUCCUCGGGCUCCACGCUGCCACCUCAACGACGCCGCACAUCAUCGAGCCUAAAAACCCACGGCAAGCACUCACGGGACCCCACAGCAAGGAGUGGUGUGAGGCAAUGGAUGCGGAGAUAAGGGCACUCGAGUCACGCGACACCUGGGUACUCGUCGACCGUGCAGCAGUGAAGGGGAGAAGGAUCCUCUCCGGCAAAUGGGUCUUCCGCGUGAAGACCGCAGCUGACGGGACGAUCGAACGAUUCAAGGCACGCUGGGUAGUGCGCGGCUACGAUCAGAGGCACGGCAUUGACUUCGACCAGACAUUCGCACCGGUCAGCCGUCACACAUCCGUCAGAAUCCUCCUCGCCAUUGCUGCCGCAGGACACCUACCGCUCCGGCAGAUUGAUGUGAAGAACACGUUCCUGUACGCGUUAGUAGAUGCAGUGAUCUACGUGGAGCAGCCGCACACGUACGACGACGGGGACCCACGUGUCUGCCAGCUACGAAAAUCCCUUUACGGGAUUAAACAAGCGCCGAGACUCUGGCAGCAGUAUCUGCACAACAUCCUGCUUGAAAUCGGGUUCAAGCAGCUGCCUCACGAUCCAGGGAUGUAUUGCCGCGACUUCCGCGGCGAAUACAUCCUACUCACGGUUUACGUCGAUGAUCUGCUUUACACAGGGUCAAGCCCCGAGUUACUCGAGCAGUUCGAGAAAAACCUCGCCGGGCGCGUCGACAUCACCUGCAACCACGACGUGAAGCAGUUCCUCGGCCUCAACAUCACCUACUCGCCGGAAGCCAUUCACCUUUCAGCAGCCAAUCUCAUCGGCUACGUGGACGCUGAUCAUGCCGCCGAUCCCGACAAUCGACGGUACAGGACAGGUUUCCUCUUCCGCCUCGAGCCCAGCGGCCCCAUCUCCUGGAACUCACAAAAGCAGGAGCUGGUUGCCCUGUCAUCGGCAGAAACGGAGUUCAUCGCAGCAACAGCAGCUGUUCGCGAAGGGCUCUACCUUCAGGAGCUGCUACAGGAGGCGAAAAUUCCGGCCUCGGCGAACUUUCGCCUGCACUGCGACAAUCAGAGUGCGAUAAGAAUCGCGAACAAGUCUGGUUUCGUCAACCGCACCAAGCACAUCGCACUGCGGUACUUCUUCGUCAAGGACGAAGUUGACAAGGGCAAGGUUGACUUAACCUACUGCCCGACGGGUGACGUGGCAGCAGAUUUCCUCACGAAGAAACUGCCCCGUCAGCAGUACCUGCACUGCUCCGAACUCAGCGGAGUAGUCAAGCGGGUCAAGACCUGCUACGGCCAGGAGUGA